AUGAACAGCUCCGGGAUCUACAGAAAGGUCAGGGAGGUCAUUGAUGUGGAUAGCCGCUACUACCUAGUGGGAGGGGACUAUCCACGUUGCAGCAAGUGCUCUCAGCCAGUCUGCCCAUGGAGCCAGGAUAUGCUCUCCCAGCUGGAUGUGGCACACAGGAGCCUGUUCCCUGCUGUCCUCACAACACAGCUGGCUCUGGACAGGAAGUGUAUCACUUUCCUGAAGCCAGUGAUGGCUACCUUCAUUCCCUCUGCAGCUGUUUAUAGUCCUCCACCACCCUUCAGGCCCCUUCCACUUGCCCAGUGGUUUGAGACAGUCCACUCUAACGACAUCCUCAGCCAUCUGGAUGAGAUGAAGGGAGCGAUCACCUCUACCUAUGGUAGAAUUCUGAAAAUGGAUUCAACAAAGAAGAUCACCAAGAAGCUGGCUGGCAUGAUCGGGGAAAGUGCUGCAUGGAUGACAAACAUCGGCAAUGAGUUUGGCCAGGUUCUGAACUCUGUUCUGACGACCGGUGAAGGUGCAGGGUUGGAAGAGUUGUGCCAAGGCAUCGUCACUCGCUACAGAAAUGCGGGCCAACCUGAACCUGAAGUCAUCUAUGUUGACCGGGAUUGCUGCAGUCAGUCAGGUGUGUCUUCAGUGGUGAAACUUUUUCACCCGUGGAGGUCUGCAGUGCGCUUGGACAGUUUUCAUUUCAUGAGGCGCUUUAACUGCGGCCUCACUACGGAACACCACCCUCUCUAUGGAAUCUUUUGCGCCAAGCUUUCCUCUUGUGUCUUUGAAUGGGACCAAGGAGAUGUGCAACGCCUGAAGGAGGCCAAGAGAGUGGAAUGGAAGAUCAGCCACAGCGGACAAGCUCCCACUGAAGAACAGCUUAUGGCCGCCAUCAGCCCGGGAGAACUGAAGAGGCACUGCAGGAGGAGGACGCGUGAAGUGGAGGAAAUGCGGAGCAUGAUUUCAGGGCAGUUGGAAUCAGUGUGGGAGCUGACGGACACCACGGGGCUGCGUCUGGUCAACCAUAACAGCAUGCGCCACAUUUGGGAGGUGCAGCAGAAGCACCUGGAGUGCCUCCAAGACCCUCCAGGUGUUGCACGCUAUACAAAGGUGGGGACUCUCCAGAAGGGCGGCAAAGAGCUGGACAUCCUGAGGUGUGGUAGGGGGUCCUCCUCUCUGGAGAGUUUUCAUCGACACCAGUGUGCUUUCGUUCCAGGCUGGCGCUGCAAUGCAGUACAUAUGCAAAUGUACAUGCUGGAGGGAGUGUCGAGGUGGAACAUGGGCCGGGCUAAGGAGGCAGUAGAUGUUGAAGGGGCAUCAACCCUCAGAACAUUCGAUGUCCAGUUAAUGUCUCAUCUCAACAACAUGAGCCAGCGGGUCCAUGGUUGUGCUCUGGUUCCAGAGUUCACCCCACCUGGAAAACCUACUGGGGAGCGCAUUGCUGUGGAGUAUCUAUUGGCCCAGACCAACAGAGGUGACCUGCUUGCUCCAAAGCAGAUGCCUGAAAUCCCCACGCAGGUGCUUGAGGAGGACGAGGAUGAGCCAGAUGCCACAGUGUGCAUGCCAGGUGAUCUUGGGGCUGUUGAGCCUGAUGCUGCUCUCUGCCAAUCAGCUGAGCUUGGGGCCGGUGGAAGUGCUGUGGAAGACCAGGUGUCAUUGGAAGGUGACACUGAACCGGGGCCCCUCGUCGCAGAGACCAGCCAAAGUGACUCAAGAGGCGUUGUGGGAUGGGAGGCAGUUGAUGUCCUAGCAGCAUACCUGGUCGACUUAAACUGCACAAUCACUGCCUUGUCAGUCAAGGAGGAGGCAGACAUCGUUCGCCUGUAUGCAGCUCUCCAUGCCAUGGACAAAGCACCUUCAAGGUACUCCCAGAAAGGCCAAGAAGAAAGGACGUGCGUCAGGAGGACCGUGGCGUGCACCCAGGAAGCCAAGUGGCUCUGCUCCCGGACAGCAGGCAGCAGAGAGGCUAUACAUGACUCACGGCCAAGCAGCCCAGGACCCUGAAGUACACAGGGUCAGUGAGUGUGUUUGCAAAAGAGUUUGAGCAAGCACGAAACAGACCGAAG